UAUUUUUAGUAAUUACCAAUAGUGUCCACUGCCUUUAAAAACCUUAGGGUGACAAUACAUUUUUUACUUUGUUUUCUCCGAUGUUAAAGAUCACGUUAAUUUCUUAUUGUCAAGUUUCCAAACCUGUGUCGCAGUUGAAACUAUAUACAGAGGAAUCUUUAAAAUAAUCAAAUUACUUUCCAUUUCUUAUUAUCGUCUGGUAGGUGAGGUAUAUUUCGUGUGAAGUAGCUAAAGCACUUGGACUGACAACAAGUAGUAUUUUUUUAAUGGAACACGUGGCCCUAAAUAUUAUAACACAUUUUUCAAUGAAACAAAUAUCUAAGUUUAUAAGUGUAUCAUGUUUUUUUUACCUUGACUGCUUUGUAAUUUUCUUCUGCUGAACUAGAUUUGACCCAAGUACCAGUCCCAUGAGAGUCCUUUUAUUUGGAGAAAACUCCAACCUGUGGCGGGACCACAACAGCUAGAAUUUGACGGCGGGUAUGCUGGGGACCUCUCGCACGAGAACGGGACUUGAAUCAAGUCUACUGCUGAACAAGCAACACGGACCAUGGAAUGGUUGUAACCCAUAACAGAAAUAAUCAGCAGCUGCGAGAACAGAGCAGACAACAAGAACAGAAAAUGGCACCACUUUAAGUACAGAAUAAAAGCACAUGAUAGGAUUUAGCAAGAAUAUUCAUCGACGUCUUCCAGUAAGUGCAACAUCUUUCACACAAUAAUAAACUUGCGCUUCUGGAGCCCCACCAAUUGUUAUAGGUAUAGUUUUAGUAAAUGACGAAAAGUACCUUAAAACAAACAAAUAAACAAAUGAACAAACAAACACAGACACAAAACAACCUGUCCACCCUUUCAAGUGAUCACCAACGCGGAUUGCCAAUUUGAUCUCCAUUUACUUUGGACCCUUAUUUACGCCUGUAUGCCCAACCAACGCUAUUUGCAAGGAUUGCAUUAGUUGCUUGUGGGAUCAUACCUUGAUGAAAUCUCAUUUUAGGGCGUCACCUUUCUCCAACUGCUCGCCAAAUAACGACUGCAGCAACAACCUGCAGGCACGCGGUCAGUGCCCAUGCUAAGUCACCAAACCCAGUCUAUAAUAGAGCAGUUAAUCUAGUUAAGACCCAAUUUCUUUUCAUCACUUUGCGGAUAGCAUUCCCAUUAAAAGUCAAUCGUUCCUUACGUACCAUUGGGAGGAAAUUAUCAAAACGCGCAUAAUCCAAUCGCGACACCGAGCGAGCUGUAGACGGUUUUUUACCCCGAAGGAGAGGUGCGUUCAGCUAGCUGCAUAUUGCAAUACUCGGCUGAUUUACUCCAGCUCAUAAGGAAGGGAGACGUUAUCAGGCAACCAACCAUAAUCUCAACUGGGAUGGUCAUCUGAUGGUGUCCAGUUUCUAUGUUGAUUCAACUUAAUGCUCUUUUAGUUACGAGUUUUCAAAGGUGGUGAUUGUUAGCCUGGCUGCGCAUCCUCUGGGCAGCUAUUGGUCGAUGUAAUUCGCUUUCAGGGAUUGUGAUCAUUUUGAUUGGAUUAGUAAUUCCAGUCCAUUAGUAAGCAUUGAGGCUUUGGAGUUGGUGAUACGAUCAUCAUUACUGAGGCUUGUCACCAACCCGUAGACGGAUCGCCCUUAAACUCAUCCUUUGGCACGCCUUGUAUUCAGUCCACUUUGAACCAUUCAUUUCAUCAUUAGUUCUAAAACAGAUCGCACUGCUAGAGUUGUCCAAGGUACAUUACUAGUUACACUCUCGACCAGUUAUCGUAUAAUUGCACAGUGCUAAAUAACAUUCCAACACAAUUAUAAAUAUUGGAAGAAUUGGUUCUGCAAAUUUAUUACUUUGAUCUUCAAAAUAUAUCGAUCGAAAUACUCUUUUGUUUUUUAUUGGAGAAACUGUACAUUGACGACAUGGAAGAACUACAAGCUUUUGUCACGAAAUCUUUCGAAUCUUCCGAAUCUUCAAGGAAUAACUCGAACGUUAUCUCUCUCAAACGAACUCUGCCAAAGUUUGAUGCUACAGCCUGGCUGAAUGCGAUCGGAGAAACACCAGUGAACCACCGUAAGACUAGCAAGGCUUCUCAUGGCAAAACACGGCCGACUAACGGAGCUAGCGACCCGUCUGAUUCAUCAGCAGCCGUCGUGUCUCAGGCCGUACCGAUGGAAGCCAGUUUGCCGCCUAUUCCCGUAGCACUCAUUGGCUCUACUGAUUCUGAACUGGCCCGUAUUGCAAUGUUUAAGAGAGGAACCAAACCAUUAGGAAAAGUUUCAACAUCAAAGAAGCACAAAACUACAUCAGAUAAGAGCAAACACGCCGGUCACAAAUCUCCAUGGGAUGAUACAACAUUGACUGAUGAGACUCAUCAACUCACGGAUGGUUCCAUCUCUCCAAAUGAACAAGACGAUUUGGAUGCAGAUACAGACCCUGAUCGAGACACCCUCCUAGACGUUGGAUCAGACUCCGCAAUCCAAGACGACACCGAACAUCAGUCUCAACAACACCCGAGUCUGACGACGAUAUCUCCCGGUAGUCCGUCCCUAAGCCACGGCGGAGCAUCCAGCCAUCCGAGCAAACUCAAGCAACGGAGGAGUCGGACUAAUUUCACGGUGGAACAAUUGGGCGAGCUUGAAAAGCUAUUUGACGAGACGCAUUAUCCGGAUGCGUUUAUGAGGGAAGAAUUGAGCCGCAAACUUGGUCUGUCGGAAGCAAGAGUGCAGGUUUGGUUUCAAAACAGGCGGGCAAAGUGUCGGAAGCAGGAACACAUAGGCGGGAAAGGUACCCCGAUUGGAGCCAAUACUACUGUGGAUACUUGCCGUGUGGCACCCUACCUUAGUAUGGGUUCAUUGCGAAUGCCAUUCGACAGAGUACAAGAGCAACUGCAAUUAAACAUUACUACAGCAGCAGCCCCACCUGUGCCCCGCCCUCUACCGUCAAUCCUCACACAUGCACCUUCGCUGAUGAUGUUCCCUCCUCCCUAUGCGUUUCCACUGGCAACGCUAAUGAGCAGUAUGAUGAGGCCGUCUACAUCUAAGACAUCAAGUAUUGCUGAUUUGAGAAUGAAAGCGCGCCAACAUGCGGCUGCGCUUGGUCUUCAUAGCUUCUUGUCCCAAUAAACGCCACAUUGUUACAAUUGUACAGUCAUUAGUCAUUGCCAAAUCACACAUAUUGACAUAACUUGAUAAUUGUGAAGUGUAGUUAAGAUUAUGGCAAGAAUAAAUCCGUCAAGGAGUAGGUCUUACUGUAGUUAAUCUAAAGACUAAAAUUAAUUAUUGCCAGAGGAACCCAACAUUAACUCACUUCCUUCAGUCAAAUAGUAAAAUGGUGCAUGUUCAAUGCUGUCCUUUGUGUUCAUGCAAAAAUAGGUGUCAGUUGUUCGACUUGAAACCUCAUCGUUUGUCAAUCAAGGGAGGAUCGUUUAAAAAAAAAACUGUAUACGUAAUGAGUGAACCUCUGCAUUUAUUCUAACCAAUUAGAAAAUUCUAACCAAUUAUGGUUUAUGUAAUACCAAGUGUUAAUUCAAUCCAGAUGUGUAGGUUUAAUUGUUCUUUGUGUAAAUACAUUAAUGUACAUGUACAUACUAUGUUUAGUCAAUAAGUAGGCUAUAUUGUGUGUCUUUUGUAAAGAGGCAUACGUUUAAAAAUACGAAUAAUAUUUUUUUGGGCAAAAGCAAUUCCAAUGUUAUUAAUGUAAUUUCAUCAGUAUAUAGCCAACCCUAGACUUGUGGACAAGUCGUUAAAUGUCUGUCGCGUUCCGACUCUAUUCUCGCG